UUUACAAAAAAAAUCAAAACAAAAAAUUCCUAUUUUUCUUUUUCUCAAUUUUCUCCAAUUUUCUUUGUAAAAUUAACGAAAUCUGGUGGGAAAAGUGAGUUGGGGGAUGGAUCUUGAGUUGGAGAAUCGUUUGGGUGAAAAUGGUCAGCAGAACGAAGGAGAAAAUGAUGUGAAUUUGAGUAUUAGGAGACCAAAGAGAGUUCUUCACUUUUCUGAUGGAAUCUUGGAAGAAUACAGCGAUACGGAGGAUGAGGUGGACCAGAAUAAGAACAAAGUAGACGUAGCUCCUGUGGAUGAGGAUGGGGCGAUGUCCUUUUCACAGAGUCAAAUGGAUUGGCCCACGUGGAUGAUUCACAAAGCAGGCCAGACAAAGGAUUCCGUCGUGGCUGGAUGCGAGUAUGUGGGGGAGGCCCUUGCAUCCUUCUUGGGUAUUACAACGUCCAAGUUUGAUUUGGAGUAUGAGGAGUACAAGCGACGAGAGGAGGAGGAGAGAUUGCAAAAAGAAGAGUCACAGGGAUCUCAGGGUUGGCAAAUAAAUGAUGAGAAUGGAGAAAAUCUUACUCCAGUCGUCGUACAAAAGUACUAAACUCUUAUGAAUCAUCACCUCUGCCGUGAGAAAAUCACAAAUUUAUUCUUAUAGAGAGUAUACACACACACCAAUAGGAUGCGUAUUGUAAAGCAUUUAGUACAAAGAGAAUUUAUUUACAUAAACUAAAAUAUGUAAUACAGCAUUUAUUAACUUGAUCCACAUAAAAAAACUAUGUUGCUUUUGAUCUUACAACGAAUUUCUUAGGAUAUUAACAACAAUUUGUAUUUUAUGCUUUACAAUACGCACUGUUUGUUGCCUUGAUAUUUAUUUUUAUUUAUAAAUCUUUAUAUAUUUUUACACAAAAUCACAAAAAAUUGUUAUUUUGUAUUUUAGUAACUAACAUUGAGUCCAAAAAGAAAAUGAAAUACAUAUUUGGUGUGGCACAACACCAUGUGAUGCUUAAACGCA